UGGAGCAUUUAUACUUCCGAUUGAUCUGUCAUGUAACAGAAAAACUGAUACAAACCAACCUUUUUAAAACGAAGCUAUUAAUAUCAUGUGCCUAAAUUAUCAAAACAAUGUAACAGAUUUUUAUAUCUUUGCAUAGACAUUUUUUUGCUUCAUGAUAAAAGUAUCAAGUAUAUCUACGGCAAUCUAUAGUGAAUAAAUUCUUGAUAACUGGGAAAAUACGCGUGCGUAAAUUUAAAGUCAAUUGUGAAGUAGACGUAAUAACGAUUGCCCUUCACCUCUUUCAUUUUCACUCAUAUCCGCUCAUGCCAUGACCGUAAAGGAAGCAAAGAACAGCUGACAAAUAAUACUCCUAUUGAUGUGUUCAAACAAUGAUCAACUAUAAAGAAUUCAAAGUGGAAGUUAAUCAUUGAAUAAUGCGAUAAAAAUAAACUUAUAGAAAUGGCUGAAAAUAUUAACUGUGGUGGAUUUGUAUUUUACAAUAACUUUGAUUCUGCUAAUUUGGCCAAAGUUGAAUUGAUAAGAGUACCAGAAAUAUGUAAUAUAGCAAUUUGUGAAAAUGAAAGUAGAUCCUGUAAAAGUUUAAGUUCUGACGAGACAUCUGAUUAUGAAUUUAAUUUGUGGACUAAAUAUGACUGCCAUGGAACAGAAUAUCAAAAUAAUAACCGAACAUGGUUUUAUUUUGGUGUUAAAGCAUGUUCUCCAGGUAUUUGUGUUCGAUUCAACAUAAUUAAUUUAAAUAAACAAGUUAGAAUGUUUAGUCAAGGAAUGUGUCCAGUAUAUAAAAUAAUACCAGGUCAACUUCAUUGGGAACGGAUACAUGAUAAACCAACAUAUAAAAUUGAUCAAACCGGUAGUGACUUUACACUAUCAUUUACUUAUUAUACCCCAGAAAAUCAGAAAGCUAUAACAUAUUUUGCUUUUACGUAUCCUUUUUCAUAUACCGAUUUGCAAAACUAUUUAAAAAAAAUUGACAUAAAAAUGGCAAAACGCUUUGUAACAAGCACUGAUGACAUAUAUUAUCACAGGGAAUGUGCAAUAAAAUCAUUAGAAGGUCGUAGAUUAGAUGUUUUGACAAUAAGUUCUUAUCACAAUAUAUUAAGCGUAAGAGAAGAUAGAUUCAAUAAUAUGUUUCCUGAGAAACACGAAGAAAGACCUUUCAAAUUUUUGGAUAAGAAAGUUGUUUUUAUAAGUGCGAGAGUACAUCCAGGAGAAACACCAUCCAGCUUUGUACUGAAUGGAUUUCUAAAGUUCCUUCUGAAUCAAGAAGAUCAAAUAGCUCUUCAUUUACGUCGUAUGUACGUAUUCAAGUUAAUACCAAUGCUUAAUCCUGAUGGGGUAGCUAAAGGACACUAUCGAAUGGAUACUAAAGGAGUAAAUCUCAAUAGGAUGUAUUUAAACCCUUCUGAACAUGAACACCCUACAAUAUAUGCAGCAAGGAAUUUAAUAAGAUAUUAUCACAAUUCUUAUAAUAUAAUAGAAGAAAAGUUACCUCUAAAAAUAGAAAGUGCAUCUAUAAAGAAUCAAAAUAAUAUCAGAAUGAAGGAGAUACAACAACAUUUAAAUACCAAUGUUAUAUCUAAUACACCUACAAGAUUAAUUCAACGGGUAAAGUUAAUGACAUUAAAUGAAAGAGCUAAAUCUGAUUCAGGAGUUAAAUAUGAAUGUAUGUUCACAACAAAUAACUUGGAUAAUACAUGUAGUGGUGAAGAGCAGGAAUUAUCUAGCAAUACACACGAAUAUCAGGAUAUAUUAAAAACCAAAUAUUAUACUGAUACAGCACCAUUUAGAAUAUCUGAGUCAAAUAAUUUUUCUAAAUCAUCUACUGAAUCUGGUCUCUAUUUAUAUAUUGAUCUUCAUGGUCAUGCCUCAAAGAAAGGUGUAUUUAUGUAUGGAAAUCAUUUUACCGAUCCAGAAGAAACUAUCACGUGUAUGCUUUUGCCAAAAUUGAUGUCCAUUAAUAAUCCAAAUUUUCAUUUCACAUCAUGUAAUUUUGCAGAAAGAAACAUGUACCUUAUUGAUAAAAGAGAUGGCAUGUCAAGAGAAGGUUCAGGUCGAGUAGCAGUAUAUAAAAUGACAGGUCUUAUACGUAGCUAUACUCUUGAAUGUAAUUAUAAUUCUGGUCGUUUAGUAAAUAUUGUACCUGCCAGAAUUCGUGAUGGUAUUAGUAAAACGAUCAACCAUUUGUUCGUACCUCCUAAAUAUACUCCAACAGUGUUUGAAGCGGUAGGAGCAGCAUUAGGACCUUCUAUCCUUGAUCUUACUAAUAAUAAUCCGAACAGUCGAUUACCAAACAGUCAAUAUCGUUCACUAAAAGGUGUAAGAUCUUAUUUGAAGUUAACACAAAUGAAUAGUCUUUCGACAUCAUGCAAUAAAUCUGCGUACAAGGUAAAUUUUCGUUUACAUAAUGAAAGUAAAAUUUUAGAAAAUAAUAUAACGUCAUGUGUUUUAUCUUAAUAUAAUUUAUAUAUACAUUACUAUAU